AAACAAGAAAACAUAGCAGAAGAUUUUUCAAUAGAAAAAAAAUUUAAGUUAAUUUAAAACAAACCUAAGAGGAGUAUAAUUUUUGCAAGAAAAAUAUAUAAAAAGAUAAAAUGUUUUGAAUUAGAUACUGGAAAAAAAACAUGGCUCCACAUCAAGACCUAUGGAAGAAUAUACCCUGGGCGGUAUAUAUUUUGUUACUACUUGCCCCACUUGUCAUUCAAGCCAAUGAUUCCAGUGAUGAGACCUACAACGUAGGCGGGGUGCUGGCCGAUUAUAUCAGCAAUAAGACCUUUGUGGAUGUUAUAUCGGAACUUAAUUUCAACUCCAAAUACAAGACCAGUCGCCGCAUGACCUACUAUGGCAAAACGAUACGCAUGGACAAGAAUCCCAUCAAGACGGUGUUCAAUGUCUGUGACAAACUCAUCGACAAGAGGGUCUAUGCCGUUGUGGUGUCACAUGAAUCCACCUCGGGUGACUUGUCACCGGCUGCUGUCAGCUACACCAGUGGUUUCUUUCAAAUACCCGUCAUUGGCAUCUCAUCCCGUGAUGCUGCCUUCUCGGACAAGAAUAUUCAUGUGUCCUUCCUGCGCACCGUGCCGCCGUACUAUCAUCAGGCCGAUGUGUGGUUGGAGAUGUUGAAUCAUUUUGGUUAUACCAAGGUAAUUAUAAUCCACAGCUCGGAUACAGAUGGCCGUGCCAUAUUGGGUAGAUUCCAAACAACAUCCCAGACCUAUUAUGAUGACAUCGAUGUUCGGGCCACCGUGGAAAUGAUUGUGGAAUUUGAACCGAAAUUGGAUAGCUUUGCGGAGCAUUUGAUUGAAAUGAAAACGGCCCAGAGUCGGGUGUAUUUGUUGUAUGCCAGCACCGAAGAUGCCCAGGUCAUAUUCCGUGAUGCUGCCACAUACAACAUGACCGAAGCGGGGCAUGUUUGGAUUGUCACAGAACAGGCCUUGAGUGCCCCCAAUACCCCUGAUGGUGUCUUGGGUCUGCAGCUGGAACAUGUUAACAGUGACCAUUCGCAUAUUAAGGACUCCGUUUAUGUCCUGGCCUCUGCCAUUAUUGAAAUGAGACAAAAUGAAACUAUUACGGAGCCACCAAAGAACUGCGAUGACUCGGGAGUUAAUUGGGAAUCAGGCAAACGUCUCUUCCAUUAUCUGAAGACCCGCAAUAUAACCGGAGAAACUGGCCAAGUGGCCUUUGAUGAUAAUGGCGAUCGUAUCUAUGCCGGUUAUCAUGUCAUCAAUAUGAGGCCCAAGCAGAAGAGGCAAAUUGUGGGGGAAUUCUAUUAUGAUCCGGCCAAGGCCACAAUGCGUCUGCAUAUCAACGAUAGUCUGAUCAUAUGGCCGGGAAGGCAACGCAAGAAGCCAGAAGGUAUCAUGAUACCCACACAUUUGAAGGUAUUGACUAUUGAGGAGAAACCCUUUGUCUAUGUGCGGCGUCUGACGGACGAUGAGGUGGCCUGUGUGGAUGAUGAGGUGCCAUGUCCGCUGUUUAAUAAUACAAAUGGAGUGGAAAAUGACUACUGCUGUCGUGGCUAUUGCAUUGAUCUCCUCAAAGCCCUCUCACAGCGCAUCAAUUUCACCUAUGAACUCGGACUCUCACCCGAUGGACAAUUUGGCCAUUACAUCCUCAAAAAUUCCACCACUGGCACUCUACCCUCCUCACCGCCCAAAAAGGAAUGGACCGGCCUGAUUGGCGAAUUGGUUAACGAACGGGCCGACAUGAUUGUUGCACCACUAACCAUUAAUCCAGAGCGUGCCGAAUAUAUUGAAUUUUCGAAACCAUUCAAAUAUCAAGGCAUUACAAUACUCGAAAAGAAGCCAUCCCGAUCGAGUACUUUAGUGUCCUUCUUACAGCCAUUUAGUAACACGCUGUGGAUAUUGGUAGUGGUGUCAGUCCAUGUGGUGGCCUUGGUACUCUAUCUGUUGGAUCGAUUCUCACCAUUUGGCCGCUUUAAGCUAUCUCACGUUGACAGUCACGAAGAGAAAGCUUUAAAUCUCAGUUCGGCCAUAUGGUUUGCCUGGGGUGUUCUGUUGAACAGUGGCAUUGGUGAGGGUACACCGCGUAGCUUUUCUGCCCGAGUUUUGGGCAUGGUAUGGGCCGGCUUUGCUAUGAUCAUUGUUGCCUCGUACACUGCCAACUUGGCUGCCUUCCUCGUGUUGGAACGUCCCAAAACGAAGUUGAGUGGUAUCAAUGAUGCUCGCCUCCGCAAUACAAUGGAAAAUUUAACAUGUGCCACGGUGAAGGGAUCUUCGGUGGAUAUGUAUUUCAGACGCCAGGUUGAGUUAUCGAAUAUGUAUCGUACCAUGGAGGCGAAUAAUUACGAUACCGCAGAGCAGGCCAUUGAGGAUGUUAAGAAGGGCAAGUUAAUGGCCUUUAUAUGGGACUCUUCUCGCCUGGAAUAUGAAGCAUCAAAAGAUUGUGAACUGGUCACAGCUGGAGAGUUAUUUGGUCGCAGCGGUUAUGGCAUUGGCCUACAGAAAGGAUCACCCUGGACAGAUGCAGUUACCUUGACGAUUCUAGAGUUUCAUGAGAGUGGUUUCAUGGAGGCCCUCGACAAAGCAUGGAUAUUCCACGGCAAUGCCCAACAAUGUGAGCAGUUUGAGAAAACACCCAACACAUUGGGUUUGAAAAAUAUGGCAGGGGUUUUCAUUUUGGUGGCAGCUGGUGUAGCCAUAGGCGUCGGUCUCAUUAUCAUCGAGGUGAUCUAUAAAAAGCAUCAGGUGAAGAAACAAAAACGCAUGGAUAUAGCACGGCACGCGGCGGCCAAAUGGAGAGGCACCAUAGAGAAACGCAAAACGAUACGCACCUCAUUGGCCAUGCAGCGUCAGUACAAUGUCGGGCUCAACUCAAAUCCGGGCACCAUCAGCUACACCGUGGAUAAGCGACGUUAUCAUCGUUUGGGUGGUGGUUCUCGUGUACCCGAAAAAGCAUGGCUGGGUGACAAUGAUAUGUUGAGGAAUCGUCGCUAUUUGGAUCCGACCUUUAAACCCAAGCAUUCACCCAAAGUUCAUGGUCCAAUGUUGGGUAAAAUUAAACAUUCGGGAAAUUUAAUGCCACCAAAGUACUCGCCCGGCUACACCAGCGAUGUUUCGCAUUUGGUAGUUUAAGAAGGAAUGGAUUAAAUGCCAUCCUUAAGUUGUUACUGAUUUUGUAGCCAGAUUUUUUUUAGAAUGUAAUAAUUUUUGAUAAUGGAUUGCGAAUUGUAUUUCGAAUCCCAAAUCCAGUUUUAAUUUUAGUUUAAUUUUUAUGGAUCGAGAUUAUGUUAAGUUCAGAAAAUCAAUGUUAAUAAUUUAGCUUUUUAUUGUUGUUUUUAUAUGUAUUUGUAUUUAAGCAAAAUUAGUAGAAUAAGUCCACAAAUCUCAAAUGAAAGUUAACAAUUUAAAUGUGAAAACAGUUCAAAAUUUAGCGGAAAAUAUCGAUCUCUAAAUCGAAUAAAUGUUUCUAGUGUGAAUAA